ACAAGUAAUCGUAUUAACGAUUUAAUAGCUGAUUUACGAAGACAAGUAGUAACUUUAACAGUAUCUUCUUCAACAUCAGCAAAUAAUAACAAAGAUAAAAUUAUAACAAUUUUUAAUAAUUUAGGUAUUAACCCUCCUCAAGAUCAACAAUUAUCACAAUUAACAGUUGAUAAUUUACUUGAUAUAAUUAUUACUAUAACUGUUGAUAUUCAAAAUAUUGGUACUAUACCAAGAGAUUUAAACAAUUUUGAUACUUUUUAA